AUGGACCGGCCAGUGCAGAGCGUCCAUGCAGCACAAUUUGAGCAAAGGCUUAAAGAUCCCGUAAUAGAAGAGGUGCACGACGACCCACCCACGAAUGCCAUACCAGGAUCCUUUCCAGAUACGAAUGACACCAAUGAGGGCACUUUGCCCAUGACGAACGAUAAUAACGAAAAAGAUACGAAUGAUACCACAACACCGCAGCUACAACAACACCAACUGGUGCACAGUAGCUCCGGCCUUCCACCUACCCCUCCAACAAUGACGAAUAGCGACAUCGCAGAAUCGCAACCGGAACGUGUUGCCAGCCCUGCACCGUUGUUCGCUGAUCGCGUUAGAAACGCGCUUCAGUCGCACAAGUCAGGUCUGAGCACGCCGGUCAACGAUCUUGGCAACCACAGCCCUCCCACUCCCGAGGCCUCUCCGCGACGUAAGGAGAAGGAGAAUCUUGCAGUACCCCGGCCGCCAUUGACGCACUAUCCAAGUUCGUACGCAGAUUCUUUUAAGACUGCUACGGAAGGUUUGAGCGCGAAUGGUAGCUCUAGUCGUGUGCAUUCGCCAGAGCAAGACUUCACGAGCGAGCAGCACAAAACAUGGUGGGAGCGUACGAAGCCAUUUCCUCAAGCAGCGAUCGGUCUUGGUCUUGAUUUGCAGCGUGAGGACAUCAGCAAGCCGCAGAGUGACGAGUCAGGCAAGAGUAUAGGCAGUCAUCGGCCGAUGGAACGUAAUUUGGCAAGUCCUCAGCGCAACUACGAACCAGAGAGAUUGCGCAAAUUGAGAGAUGCCCCUGAGCCGUUUCCAGACUUCGAUCAAAACCUGACUGAAGAUUCAGAGGCAGGCGAAGCACGAAAGAAGAACUACCCAGUAUCCAGUCCUGAGACGAAUGGGGACUCGGAAUGGCUGAGUUCGAUCAAUCCGCGUGUGAUUGAAGCAGCUUUGCAACCUGAACCAUCGCCCAAGAUCAACCCAGCCCCGUUAGAGGCAGCAUUGCAAUCUCACCCUUCGCCGGAGCGAUGGCCGAGGUCCUCGCCCGUCAAGAAGAGCUGGCUUUCCUCGAAGACAGCCGUUUGGGACAAUGCGGACACCUUCUCCGGGUAUGCGAAGAGCGACGACUCGCCAGAUGAUUAUGACCCAUCUCUCGCACCUUAUCUGGCCGCGUACGACAGCCAACUCGCAACAGCAUGGAGAACGGAGGACUCGGAUCGUAGCGAAGUACGGGUCAAGAAUUAUCAGAUGGAAUCAGAUAGUGAUCGGGACAGGACUCGGCCGAGCAGCUCCGAUGGCCCGCCAUCUCCUUCGUGGCGAAAGCCGCUGCACCAUCGAGCCGCCGUGCAUAAGCUCAGGAAGCCGAUCCAGCCAGGAGAUGAUCUGAAGCGACCAGAUGAGGUCCUUCUGUAUGGAUCCAGCGUUCCUUGGAAGCGUGCCAAAGUUGAGGAAGCGAAGCCGAGGACGGAGCCAAGACAGCCGACGCCGCCAAGACGUGAGAUGGACAGCGAGUUUCUGAGGACUGGGAACGUUUUGCCGACGAGGAGACCAGUGCUGCGGGAGGAUGUGCUCUCUGAACAGAGCCAGGAAGGAAUUGUUGAAGAUCCUCAGACGCCGGACAACGAGCACGAAUCAGAUAUGGCGGAGCCACCAUCGAAACUGCGGCACUUCAGGCCUGAUGUUUUGUCGCCACCAGCUUCAGCAGGAAUGUCUGUGCCGACGCGAAAGCUGCGCGAAUUCACGCCUUCGGUCCCACCAGCUGAGAUCGACUCUCCACCCAACACUGCCGCCAAGGAGUCUCUUGUCAAUAACAAUCGAGUCUACAAGGUGAUUCAGGAGAACAACGCCAAGCGCCACAGCGUCGUCAGCGAAGGCAGCGCAGUGCAAGCCACAUUGAUCUUUCCGGCCGAGGGCCAGAGGCGGCAGCUCAGACACUCUUCCAAGCGUGAGUCACUGCGUGCUGGUAUCAGUAUCGCGAGCCUUAGCAAGGCAAAUAGUGAAGAGAGCAUGCAUACACCGAGGCUGAGACAUAAACGUGCCAUGGACUCUAUUGGCAGUAGCGAUGCACCUGGUGCGCCUACCCCGGAGCGGUUUGAGCGUCGCAUCCAGACCGAGCCGAUCAACUCCUCUUGCGCAAGGCUCACUCCUGUUGCCGUUGAUGAUAUCACUCACGGCACGAUGCGCCCACAGAGAAUCUCUGCUAUGCCUGGCGCUGUCAACGGUGGCAUCAUCAGGCCACCGAAGCUCAGGCGCACUCUUCGUGACCAAACUCUGCAUAGGCACAGCGUCAGCUUCGACGUGGAUCAUGAGGCUGAGAUACCUGAAUCGACUCCCUCUCCGAGGCUCAGGAGAUUCUCGGAGGAGGAGCGCUUGGAGAACAACCGCGAAGUGCGCAGAACCAGCCUAGGUCGUGAGUCGCAGCUCAUCUCGCACGAUAUGGACUUGAAGCUUGAGAGACUGGCAAGCGAUUUGACCAGUGUGGGAAGGGAAAUGCCUGACAGAAGCUCAAUCAAGGAUCGCCGAACUUCAUCUGAGUCCAAGAAUCCGACUUCGCCACGCCGCAAGAGCUUCGACCCUCGCCUUCUGAACCCAAUUGGUACACCUUUGUCGACAAGCCUUUCCGAGCGCACCGCAAUCACUGAAGCCGAAUACGGUCUGGCCAGAGGUAUUGAGAUUCAUCAGCACAACAACGACAGUCUGCUGCUCAUCCACGGUCGCUCGCUCGAUUACGACCAGGCCAAUCCACUGUCCGAAGAACCACUCCCUUCGAUCGAGCACGACUAUGAUACCCAGGCCGGUGCCCAAUACCCAACUUUCCACGCUUUUGUGGAGUCGCCAGCGCAAAAUCAUGCGGAUGAUAUCAUUGGCAUCUCAAAACACCACGUCGACAGUCCGCUCACCAACCCGAGAGAGGCACCAAUGCCGCCAGUCAUUCAAUUCAUUCCACCCACACCGAGUGAAGAACUGGAGCGAACCCUCUCAGGAGCAUUGGAGCAGCAAGACUUGAAGCCGGGCUUGAAGAGAGGCCUCAGCUGGUCCCAGAAAGCGAAGCGAUUCAGCGAGAACUUGGUCCAGCCAUUGCCAUUUGGACGAGGUGGCAGCCUUCGAAGACCAAGGCGAGUGGUGACCGAAACCGAAGCCGACAAGAAACCUCGCCCUCACAGCCUCUCGCCAAUGUGGACACCACGACCCAUGGACGACCUCCACACCGACAGCGAAGACGAUGAUGAUUACGACGAUGACGACGAUGACGACGACCGACUUCCACCAGGCGGCGACACCUCCGAUAUUCCUGACCACAAUGACCCCAAACGCAAGUCCAUUUUCCCACGCAACAUGAGUGUCCGGAUGCCCGGCUUCCGUGGGAACGGCGGCUUUCUGGUUGGCAACUCCCUCGGCCUAGACCGGCACGGCACGAACGACCGCCGUCACUACGUUGCGAGGCGGCCCAGCCGUGAGUCGCUACGCCGUGCUAAGCAGCAGCGUAGACGCACUUUCACCCUGCCGUUCACUGGUGGUAAGCGGGUGGAGUAUGUAGGCUUAGCAGGACUCCAGGAGCAUUUACAGACCUCCAAGCAGCGGAAGGAGGAGCGUGCGGCUGAAAAGCGGCGUGAGGUGUUGAGAGGGCAGAUUGUGACGAGGGUGUAUCAUGAGGGGCGUGUUGCGCCCCAGUAA